AUGGAACUUUUUAUCGUAACAUUGACGGGGACUGCGUUUGAACUUCGCGUUUCUCCCAACGACACUGUUAUGUCAAUCAAAUCGAAGAUUCAACGUUUCGAGGGCAUCCCUGUGGGCCAGCAGCAUUUGAUCUGGCAAAAUGGUGAGCUUUCCGAUCACCAGUCUUUGCGGGAUUGUAGUAUCCCUGGUGGAGCCACGUUGCGCCUUGUUUUGGGCAUGAAGGGUGGUCCAAUUAGCACCUAUAGGCCCCCGCCUGUUACUGCGGCGACUGCUACAAUCAGGUUUACCCCUACCAUUCACUUCGCUUCGUCUGUCCAAAGUAACGCUGACCGAGGAGACGAUAAUGAUGACUCUUCAUCUCCUAUUCCCCAAUCAUCCCUCCUACAUGAAAACGAUGGAAACUCGGAAAGCCAGAAGCAAAUAACGUUCUACUUUGUAAACACUAAUGAUAGGUUCGAAUUCAUGCGGGUCGUUGGUCGUCGUCAUCGUGAAGACACUUCCUCAAAUGGUCACUCCACAACUUCCCUCCCCAGUUCAGAGGAGUCUGCAGAGCCACCGCCUCCAGCUAGUCCAAAACCGCUCGUCUCGAGCAAUCUCCUCUCUACUUCCGCAGCUGCUCAAUCGUUACCCUACCUACAAACCGAUGAGUCUGCGCUCAGCUGUGAACAAUUGGCCCAACUUGCUUCAACUACCUCCGAACCCUCUGUUCUGAAGUCAAGCGACUCACAAAAGUCCUUGGAUCGCCAGGCCUCUUCGUCCCCAACCACCACUACCGCCAUUAUCGCUGGCUACCUCUGCACUGCUCAUGGUCGUGAUUCCGAUGCUUACGUCUCCGAUACUGACGAUUGUCUUUCUUCGAAUUGCGGCGUCGGCGGAGGUGGCGGCGCUACUUACUUCCUCCGUCCACCCUCCCCCGAAUGGGAUAAUCGGGAUCUCAGUUCCUCCCCCCCUCCACCUUUACCACAUCCCAUUUUUGAUUUUCCCUUCUUGGGUGGGGACGAGGGUGAGGAUGAUGACAGUCUGGCGGAUCUGGAGGAUUGCUUGAUCUACUAUCGAUCGGGUGACGUGCUAUUUGGUCCUCCCGCGACGCGCAAGAGUUCCUCCACCUCCUCCCUCCAUGGUGGUUGGAGAGGUGCGUGUGGUGAUGCCGAAUCGCCGAUCGUAACGCAGGCCAAAUUGGAGGAGUGCGAGUCACUGGUGGAGAAGGUGAAGUUGAUAAAGGCCCAGCUGUUGCAGAAGAAAGAAGAAAGAAUGCAGCGCAGAAUGAGACAGCAUAAAAGUGAAGAUAAACGAGAGGAUAAAGAGCCCAAUAAACCCACCGAAGAAAAGUUGAAAUCAUCCUGUGGCGCAGAAGGUACCCUUCCCCCGCUUGGUAAAGCUAGCAGUUACGGCAAACCGCAUAUGCCGAAGAUCCGUUCCAGCGGCGGCCAGAGCCUCAAGAAAAUGCUUCUCCGCCGUCCCUACACUACCACCUCGGCCGUGGAUCUUCCGACAGCCGCUGUAGCAUCAAAUUCCGCCUCCUCUUCUACUGACAAUCUCUCAUCCACCAUUGCUGCCACCGCUGGCUCUGGCUCCAGCAUCACCAGAAGCUCACUUUUGCUGCCCUCAAGGCGCUUCGUCUCGCGCUUUCUCGAGUCCGAUCGAAGGCCGAGAGGCAUUGCACCCAAUAAAACUACCUCUGAGACUAAUUUGGAGGCUGCUGCCGUUAUUCCCGGCUUCAGUGACGCCAGUAAUGUUGGUGAUAUCUACGGCAGUAGUACCAGUAACAGCUACUUCAGCCGCUUCGGGCGCAGUCUCCGACUGCGCCGCUUUGGGACCGCCCAGUCGCCUGAUAUUUCAAAAAUUGGUUGCUCUGAUCGAUUGAUGGAUACCCUCAACACCGGGAAGGAGGAGAAGGAGACGAUAAGGACGGAGGCAGGAGGGGUAUCCUCCCUCCCCUUGAUCUUUCCACCUCUCCUCCCGUCCGCCGCCACCAACCCUGCGGAGUGCGACCGCCUACUUCGACCCACCACCGCUGCCACCGUCGCUGCCUCGUUGCUGCGUGGCCGCUCACCGACGGUGAAGAAAGCAUUAGGCAGCUACUCUAACGAUUCCUCAACUCCCGAAGAAAUCACCCUUCCUCCUAUUUUGAACACGGUGCGAGGGAAUCUUACCCGGGGUGGAGGUGAAAGUUCUGGCCACGCCACCACGCGGAUCGCAGUAGACGAGCACCGAUCUCAGCCUCCAUUGAUGAACCCGUCGUCUUCCUCGAAGACGCGAAAGGACACAUCGGAGCCUCCUCGGAGAUCACCAAAAGUGAAUACGAAUCGAUGCGCUAGCUGCAAUCGCAAGACUGGCCUCGUUGACUCCUACACCUGCAGGUGUGAGCGCAACUUCUGUUCGAAGCACCGCUACGCGGAGUUGCACGCCUGUCCCUUCGACUACAAGGCGGACGCGAGACGGUACAUUCGCGAGACCAAUCCCGUCGUGACCGCAGCCAAACUGCCCAAAAUAUGA